ACGAGAUUCAAAGAACCGAAUCAGUAAAAUGAUCCGAAAUUCCCGUCACUAAAUUUGGCGUAUUUGUGCUGCGUUACCGUCAGUAAAAUGCUUCCGCCGCCGCGAGUUUUAUUUUGAAGAGUAGAGUCGGAACUCGCGUGUUUUAUUUUGAAGUUCGUUCCCUUCAGUAGCAGCACUGGCCGGCUCUCAGCCUUUCACAGAGCCGCGUAGGAGUGCGCCACCACGGGGAAGAUGACCUCGGUGUCCUGUAAGAAACGGAGCAGAGUGCGGCGGCGGUGAAUCCUGGCCGGUUUCCCCACGGUGCUCUUCUCCUUGAGGAUGAGAACACUCCGCUGCAGCGGUCGUUGUCACGCUGCUGCAGGACACGCAGCACUGCGUGAUGCAGAUCCGAGUCCAGGAGUUGAUCUGCGGCUGCCAGGAGGACGUACAUGUUUGUAUUUAACAACCAGAGGACUUCAGCUGUAAUUUCUCCAAUGACCCGACCGCUGUGAAGUGAGACAGACAUUAACACAAGUCACCUGGAGUCGCCGUCUAAUUGGCUCCCUGCAGCACAACAUGGCCAACAACGAGCUACAAAGUGAUCCAGGCGGGCUCUCGGUGCUCCAGCAGCUCGGUCUGGACCAAAACUCCGACUUCUCAGACUCGAGUGUGCAGCAGCACCUGGAUGAGCACCGUGAGAGGAUCCGCAGGGAGAUCCGCAAGGAGCUGAAGAUCAAGGAGGGCGCAGAGAACCUGCGCAGGGCCACCACCGACAAGAGGAAUGCUCAGCAGGUGGACUCGCAGCUCCGCAGCUCCAAGCGCAAGCUGGAGUCCCUUCACACUCAACUGCAGGAGCUGGACGCACAUAUUGUGGUCAAGGGCCCUGAUGACAACAAAGAUUCCCCCAGGUCUUCAGGGUCACUCAAUCGAAAAUCUGCCAAUCAGCACCGCAUCGCAGCUUUGGAGCGACAGCUCAACAUUGAGCUGAAGGUCAAACAGGGGGCAGAGAACAUGAUUCCAAUCUAUGCCAAUGGAGGUACCAAGGACAAGAAGCUUCUCCAGACGGCUCAGCAGAUGCUGCAGGACAGCAAGACCAAGAUCGACAUCAUCCGCAUGCAGAUUCGAAAGGCCAUGCAGGCCACAGAGCAGUCUGAGGACAACCAAAGUAAGCCGGACCUGUGUGGGAUGGAGCUGCGUGUGGAGGAGCUGUGGCAUCACUACCGUGUGGAGCACGCCAUGGCGGAGGGAGCCAAAAACAUGUUGCGACUGCUGGGCGCAGGAAAAGUCCAAGAUAAGAAGGCCAUGGCUGAGGCUCAGUGUGGUCUGAGCGAGUCGUCCCAGCGUCUGGACCUGCUCAGGUGCUCUCUGGAGCAGAGGCUGCUGGAGCUCCCUGAGGAUCACCCCAAGGUCUGCCUCAUCAAGGAGCAGCUGGUGCUGGCGUCAUCCUCCGCUUUCAGCUCCUGUCACAGCACCCCCUAUGUCCACAACCAGUACAGCACCCUGAGCAAACCGUCGCCCCUCACAGGUACUCUUCAGGUCCAUCUUCUGGGCUGUAUGGGCCUGCUGGAGGUCAUCCCUGGCCGGAGCAGAGGAGCCCCGGUGGUUCUUCCCUCUCACUCCCUGGGAGACGGACGCUCCACCUUCAAACUGAGCGGCCUCUACAGCCGCAGCACCAGCAGCAUGAGCCUGAGGAUCCCAGGCAAGACCGACGAGCUCUCCUCGGAGGUGAGCGCGGUGCUGAAGCUGGAGAACACAGUGGUGGGUCAGACUGGUUGGAGAGCAGUUGGAGAGCAGGCCUGGGAUCAGACCUUCACUGUGGAACUGGAGAGGUCACGGGAGAUGGAGAUAGCGGUGUACUGGAGAGAUUACCGCUCCCUGUGCGCCCUGAAGUACCUGAAGCUGGAAGAGUUCCUGGACAACCAAAGGCACCGGGUUCAGAUGGAACUGGAGCCACAGGGGCUGCUGCUGGCUGAGGUGACGUUCUUCAACCCGGUGAUAGAAAGAGGCCGACGACUUCAGAGGCAGAAGAAAGUCUUCUCUAAACAGCACGGUAAUGCCUUCCUGCGUGCCCGUCAGAUGAACGUGGACAUCGCUACCUGGGUGCGCCUGCUGAGGAACGCCAUCCCCACUGGAAACAACACACCUGCCUACACACCCAGUUUCACAAGCAGCACAUUCACCCACAGCACAGGAGAAAUCUCAGUGGAGAAACUGAAUCUGGACAGCGACUCUCCUCCCAAAGCUGAGAUCAGGAGAGAUGUGGUGGACUCGCCCGCUCCCUUGGAACAGGUCACUGAACCCGCUUCCACACCGGAUGUCGCUGUUCCCGAGAAGCCCCCCAGGUCACUGGCCAGCAACUCUUUCCACAGCCCCAGCAGAGGCCCUCUGUGUCUGCAGGACUUGAAGCUGAUAGCAGUUCUGGGCCGGGGCCACUUUGGGAAGGUGUUGCUGUCCGAGUACAAAAGGACCGGCAAGCUCUACGCCAUCAAAGCCCUGAAGAAGGGAGACAUCGUGGCACGGGAUGAAGUGGAAAGCCUGAUGUGUGAGAAGCGGAUCUUUGAGACCGUCAACGGCUCCCACCACCCCUUCCUGGUCAACUUGUUUGCAUGUUUCCAGACGCCAGAACAUGUGUGUUUUGUCAUGGAGUACACGGCAGGAGGAGACCUCAUGAUGCACAUACAUGCCGAUGUCUUCUCUGAGCCUCGUGCUGUGUUCUACUCCGCCUGUGUGGUCCUAGGCCUGCAGUUCCUGCACGACCAUAAGAUCGUGUAUCGAGAUCUGAAGUUGGACAACCUGCUGCUCGACACAGAGGGCUUUGUGAAGAUAGCAGACUUUGGGCUCUGUAAGGAAGGCAUGGGCUACGGGGACAGGACCAGCACGUUCUGUGGGACCCCCGAGUUUCUAGCCCCGGAGGUUCUGACAGACACGUCGUACACAAGAGCUGUUGACUGGUGGGGGCUCGGGGUGCUCAUCUACGAGAUGUUGGUCGGAGAGUCUCCGUUCCCUGGCGAUGAUGAGGAGGAGGUUUUCGACAGCAUAGUGAACGAUGAAGUGCGCUACCCUCGCUUCCUGUCCACUGAGGCCAUCGCCAUCAUGAGGCGGUUGUUGAGGAGGAAUCCUGAGAGACGCCUGGGCUCUGGAGAAAAGGACGCUGAAGAUGUGAAGAAACAGCCUUUCUUCAGGGGGAUCGACUGGGAGGCUCUUCUUCAGAGGAAAGUCCUGCCCCCGUUUGUCCCCAGCAUCAAAGGGAAAGAAGACGUCAGCAAUUUCGACCAGGAGUUCACAGCGGAGGCUCCUGCCCUCACGCCGCCCCGCGAGCAUCGCGCCCUCUCCCGCAAAGAACAGGACUACUUCAAGGACUUUGACUACGUCUCCGACCUCUGCUAGGGUCAAGGGUCACGGGGUUAUUAGCUGCCCACUGCCAGCCACAGACUCUGGAAGGAGACGGAGGGGUGGAGGCGGACUCUUCCUCUCUCUGGGCGAGUGUUUGUGACAGGGCAGAGGCCUGGCUGGGCUGUCGCACACCUAUGGUGACAGAGAUCUGCUGACCUCUAGACUGUAGAGGAGGAGGAGGAGGAGGAAGC